UUUGAGUUUCUGAGCGAGGCAGACACGAUGAAGCACUUCUCGCAUGAUAACAUCGUUCAGUUGUAUGGUGUGUGUACCACAAAUGAACCUGUUUACAUCGUCAUGGAAUUAAUGAUUCACGGUGAUUUAAAAAGUUUUCUUCUCGCACGGCGACGGAUAAUCAACCAACAAGGCACGCCAGAGGCAGAGGAAGUCACGCCAGGAAACCUUACGAGGAUGGCGCUGGAUAUCGCUCGUGGACUUCAGUACCUUGCGCAACUGAAAUACGUGCACAGAGAUCUUGCUCUUCGCAACUGCAUGGUUGGUCUUGGUAAUGUCAUUAAGAUAGGAGACUUCGGACUGGCAAGACAGUUAAACCUGAAAGAUUAUUACCGCUUUGAGCGAAAAGCCGCCCUACCCAUCAGAUGGAUGGCACCUGAAGCCAUAACAGAGGGUCUAUUCACUACUCAGUCUGAUGUCUGGUCGUAUGGCGUAACACUUUGGGAGUUGGCUACGUUUGGUGGUUUUCCGUAUCAAGGGGUAUCCAACCAAGAGGUGCUUGAUUACGUCAAAGAAGGAAACAGAUUAAAGAUACCUGAAAGGAGUCCAGAAUCCAUGGCUUCAUUGUUACGUUUUUGUUGGCGCUUCGACUACCUGGACCGUCCAACACCAUACAGAAUUGUACAGAUUUUAACCGAAAAUCCUGAAUUAGUACACGCAUGCGUAGAAGUCCCUUCUUCCACAGUAACAGAUGAUUGUGUUGGGAAAUUCCAUGCACCAAGGACUACUGCGCAUGCGCGCAAUCGAUCACGGUCAAAUUCUGUCAGUUCUCAGAUGUCAGAAAGGAUACGAACGAGUAGCUUGUUGAAAGGAUCUUCUGUCUCGUCGAAGCAAAAUAUAGCAAUCAGCAGUGUUGGUAUGCACAGUCCGGGAACGAAAAGUAAGAAUUCUGAAACGGUGGAGAGAAAAACAUCGUUCUUUUUUAGACUCUAAUUUAAGAUACUCAAAUUCAUUCCUCGUUUCCAGGAUUUUCUUUUUUCUCAACGGAAGAAUAUAACUUCUGUGGCGAUAAUAGUUUAUUAUCGCUAUAUGUAAAUACAUAUUUUCGUAUUUAUAUAUUAUAUUUUUGACGGAACCCAUAUUUGAUUGAGACGUAUUUAAAAUAAACCAUUUGCCUUUCUUGAGCUCAAUGAACAGCUGACUGGUAGAGUCGAUUUAGUGUAACCGUUGAAUAGUUGACGUCACCUAAAUUAGAUUAGUUAUUUAUUAUUUUAGUUAAUGUCACAUAAAUUGAAGAUUCACGUGCCGACGGUCUGAAAAUCAGGGGGAGAAAACGAAGAUGUAAUCGAGUGAUGACGAGUGGUGGCAAAAAAAGGGUUUCCUUUAUUCAAAUAACUUUUGCUGGAUUACUAAUAUCAUAUCCAAAACCUUUUUCAAAUUACUUUUUUCUCCUUACAAGAUACUUUUGAUUUAGAGAUAUAAAGCAAUUUAAAGUUGGUUUUCCUUGAAGGAUCUUUGGUUGAAUCUAUUGACCCCUUGCAGCACGUCGGAAUGCAGCUGGAGUUGGAGGUCAUAACAAUAGGUUUCCAAUUCUGAUGAGAUUGAAAUUAUUUUGUUUUGUCAUCUAAAUUGAGUUCAUUUGACUUCACAUUGAAGGGGUCUAUUCGUUAUCAAAGUGAUAUAUCAGACGUGACCGUUUGUUGCAAAUGGGCUAUUCCUGGAGUCUUACAUUUCAAAUUUACAUUUUAAAAGUAUUUGAAGCUCUUAUAGGAUGGUAGGGUUUAGAAUCCCUUACACCCAACUCGGGAUGGAUCCGCCCAUAUCAUUGCCAGUGUUUAUUUGAACUUAGGAAAAGCAAAUUUUAAGCGACAUAAAAUUGUAUAUUUAUUUUUUAUCAAUUCUCUCAUAAUCGUCGAAGCUUGCGGUACAAACAUCAUAUAUAUUUGUCUAUAAUUAUAUACGAGUACUGUAUAUAUAUUUAGGAACAUAAAACGCCCGCGCAUAUGUCUAUGUACUGUGAUAUAAGACGCUGGAAGAUGUAGAGUCCGAGAGAAUCAAGCUUAGGAACACGAGGCGUGGCUGAGUGCUCUACAGCCUUCAAAGUGCUUAUAUCACAGUACAGAGACACACGCAGGCGUUUUAUAUUGCUGUUAUGCAAUAUUUUUGAACGAUUUCAGUCUCGCGAGCGCAUCUCAGUCCUCCGAUAUAAACACUGUAGCCAGCCAAUGGUGCGCGAGUUAUAUCAUGUAUUUCAUAAAUCUAUUUAUAUGAUGUUUUUCAUUAAAAUCAUAUCAAUAUUUUUAUCCGUAUUAUGAGGUUAAACGACUUUUUGUAUGGUAUUCCCGAAGCCGGGAGCGACCACUGACCCAGGGCAAAAUAAGAGGCUCAUCAUGUCUCAUUUAAUUUAUGAACAGAAUUUCGAGUAGUCUCGAAAAUGCAACCGCAUUGAAGGCAGCUAGGGAAUCCUUGUCACACAACACUCUGUCUAUUAAGCAGCUGUGUAGAACACUUUUAAGAAUAUAGCCUAUCACAAAUAAAGCUCUUUCUGAUUUUAUUGUGAA